AUGAGUUACAAUAAUCCAUACCAAAGUCCAUACGCACCACCGCCUCCUACUGAUUCAACAUUUGGUGGUUUUAGUGCACCAAAUUUUACUGCAGGAUCUGGUGGCUAUUGUCCACCACCACCAUAUCCAUCAGGUGGUGGUCAUCAUUCACAUUUUAACCCACCGAGUGGAUACUGUCCACCACCGACGUCGAACUUUGGCCCAGGACAAUAUCAAUAUGAAGGUCAUAAUCAAUAUGCACCACCUCCUCCUUCGAAUUUUUGUCCGCCACCUCCUUCUUCUGCUUAUUGUCCACCACCUCCCUCGUCUAAUUUUUGUCCACCACCACCACAUGGUCAUCAUCAUCAUCAUGGACAUUAUUGA